CGCACGCGUCUAGGGCGCCAAGGUGCGAGGCUAUGGCGGACGGGGAUUCUCGGCGCGCUGUCGCGCGGGCGUGCUCGCAGGUAGCGUGGCGCUGCUAGUCCUUCCCUGCCGAGAAUGGUGUGAGCUGCGAGGGGGAAUUUCUAGGGUUUUAGGUGGAGCAGCAGCAGCGGAAGCCGGCAGGAUAGGGUUUUCUGGGAAGUGGGCCUAGGGUUACUCCAAUGGCGGAAUGGAUGGAGCUGUGAGUAGCGCGCGCGCGCUUGGUUCCAAGGUCAUGUCUUCCUCUCAGAGUAAUAACGAAGCCGCCACUCAACUCGACUUGAACUACCUUCAGAGUUUGCAUCUGCUUGCGGUUCAGCGUGUAAAGGUAUACCGCUUGAACGAUGAAGGAAGGUGGGAUGACAAAGGAACGGGCCAUGUCUCGGUCGAGUACCUUGAGAGAUCAGAUGCUUUGGGCAUGGUUGUUAUUGACGAGGAAGACAACAACACGCUUCUAGUUCAUCGGAUCUCGGCGGACGAUAUCUAUAGGCGGCAGGAAGAAACGAUUAUUUCAUGGACGGAUCCCGAGAUUGCCACAGAUCUGGCUCUGAGCUUCCAAGAGGCCAUGGGGUGUGGGUUUAUCUGGUAUGGAUUGUGUGCGUGGUGGGAUUCUUCUGAAAGUUUGAGCUGCAGGGAGCAAAUUUGUAAUGUUCGAAGGUCUGUCGUUCAUUAUACCAACGUUGGAGCUUUGGAAAACGGGGCCCGUGUUACAAGUGACGAAUUGGAACAUUCUGGUACAUCUCAAGACGAUGAUGAUGUGCUCCACGAUAGUGGUAGCAGUGAAAUUCAACAAUUACCCGGCGUUGAGCUAUCCUCGCUUCCGCAGAUUGUGAAGACGAUCGCGGAAGUUGCACCCCCCGACAAAGACCGCGUAGCUUCGCUAAUAAUGAAAGAACAAAGUUAUAUCCCGAAACUGAUGGAGCUGUUCAGGCUUUGCGAGGACUUGGAAAACGUUGAAAACCUUCACAUGAUCUUCCGGAUAGUCAAGGGAAUGAUUUCUUUGAACGACAAGAAUGUGUUCGACACUAUUUUUAGCGAUGAACACGUCAUGGACGUGGUGGGCGCAUUAGAAUACGAUCCUGAACUUUCCUCUCAACAAGAUCAUCGGGGUUUCUUAAAAACUCAAGUUGUCUUUAAGGAGGCUGUACCCAUACAUGACGUAGCCAUUGUGUCGAAGAUUCACCAAACCUAUAGAAUCGGCUACGUAAAGGAUGUUAUUUUACCUCGUGUCUUGGAUGACCAAACGUUUGCCAAUAUGAAUUCGAUGAUGUUAGCGAACAACAAAGCGGUGGUCUCUGCUCUCCAUUCUGAUAAAACAUUUGUAAGUGAUCUAUUUGCAAAACUUCGAUCCCCUGACAUCUCUCAAAAUGUUCGAAACGAUUUGAUAUACUUCCUGCACGAGUUUUGCAACCUUAGCAAAAAUCUUCUUUCUCUUCACCGCUCGGAACUUUUCGGCUCCCUUGUUGAGAAAGGCAUUUUUGAAGUUGUUACAAUGGCUCUUCAAAGUGAAGAUUUAAAUCUGCGUGUAAGUGGGAGCGAUAUCCUGAUUGUAAUUCUCAAUCAUGAUGCUGCUUUGCUACGUACUUUUCUUGUGCAGCAAGAGGGUCACGUUCUUUUUGGUCUUCUGGUCAAGGGUCUGUUGAACUCCUCUGAAGGAGGGUUGCAAGCACAAAUUCUCGAAAUAAUGAGAAUGCUCUUGGACUCUGAACCAUCAGAACAGCAGCCAACCGAAAAGAUUGCGUACUUGGAGAUGUUCUAUGAAAAAUACAUAGAUCAGCUUGUUGAAGUGUUAACUUCUUCCUGUCCGACAAAGGUGGUUACGGAACAUUCGAAGCGAGUCCCUACGGUAGAGAAAACACAAGCAUCUGGCGAGGUGCUCGGCAACAUUUGUGAAUUGAUGUGCUUUUGCGUACUGCAUCAUGGAUACAGGAUGAAGUAUUACGUGAUGCGGAACAACGUUGUAGAGAAGGUCUUGCGCCUUGUUCGAAGGAAGGAAAAAGUCCUUGUCGUCGCGGCUGUGAGGUUCCUCCGAACUUGUGUGGGGCUUAAGGAUAACUUUUAUGCUCGGUACCUUAUUAAGAAUAAUCUUUUUGAGCCUGUUAUUCAGGCGUUUUUAGCUAACGGAAACCGAUAUAACCUUCUUAACUCAGCUGUAUUGGAGUUGCUUGAUUUUAUCCGGAAGUCGAAUUUGAAGGAUCUUCUCAUACAUAUUGUUGAAAACUACGGCAAAAAGCUGGAAUGCGUCGACUAUGUUGAUACUGUUAAGCAACUGAAGGUGAAAUAUGACCAGUAUAUGGAUGAUUCUACUACGUCUAAUCGAGAAGCUCCUGCCGGACCUAGUGGAAUAGAAACUAGUUCCGACCGCUUUAUUGGCCCGCUUCCCAGUCUAAGGAAAAGGAAAGACGAACGUGCACUUGAUAAGGCUGAAGAAGAUUAUUUCAACGAGGAUAGUGAUGACGAAGAGGACAGCGCACAAACGUCUCAGACUAUCACAGUCAAUGGCAAUGCAGUAGAGGAUGCGCCAUUCAGACCAUUCUGCUUGGUUGACUAUGACGAUGAAGAUGACGAUUCCCUUGUCCCUAGCAAUGGGAAAAGCCGUCCUCGAAAGAGUGAUGGAUCGGAACACUGGCCUCAUGCUAAGCGGAGGCCUCAUCUAGGCGACUUUUCUAUACACAAAAAGCUCAGACAAGACAGUGGUGGCCAGUCCGAAUUGGGAAAGCAAGAGGUCGAUGGAAUCAACAGGAUAUCAGUCGAGGGGAAACCACAGAUUGGUAGAACAACUGAUCAACAACCUGGUAACUUGAAAGGUGGUCUUGACGACAAACGGGACUCCACUAAAUCUUCGAGUAGCAAGGUCAGGGAUGAUAGCGUGGUCUCAAGACUAGGAGCUCCAGGCCGGGUCAGUGCUGGAUGCAAGCUCCAGAUCGAGGCCAAGCCACGGAUCCCGGCAGCAUCGUCUCCAGAGCAAUCGAGUAGCCGAUAGCAGCCGAAAAUGGAUGACCAGUGUACAACGAGCUCGUGUUUUUUGGGACCGCGAAGCAGCGGGAUAUGUACGAGUAGGGAAGAUUAACUUUCGGUGCUGGGACGGUCGCCAGAGCGAGCAGCAAGCAGAUUUUUGACAAAAACGAUCCAGGCGAAGGUCGAGUGAGCUUAACAAAGUCCGGAGAGAAAAUGCAGGAAGGGAUGGAAGUUUUUCUUAUAUUUUUUUUUAUCAGGAGCUCACCGGUGACGUGAGGGAAGCUCUACAAUCGCGACACAUUGUCAAGGUCUCUAAAUAAAUCCAUCAACAACAUCAACACUGACUGGGUGGGACGCAGGGUAAAGACUUUGGACCGCGGAAAAGAAGAAAGAAAGAAAGAAAAGAGACCACGACGAAGAUGACAUACCUAUAUACUAUAUAACUGUUUGGUGAUGGUGGUGUGUAAACUGGUCUCACUCGAGGAAUGUAAAAAAGAAAUCGAGAGAGUGCGCGUUUGCGCGUUUGCGCGUUUGUUCUCUCAUGCGAUCAAGGUUCGCGAAGAACACUUGCUUUC